UCGCAAAAGUUUCCAUUUUUCCAAAAUGGGCUGCUGUUUCAGCUCCACCAGAAAACGCCACCGCUUGUCGCCGCCGUGUUCCGCCGUGAAAGGCCGAGAUCCACCGCCAUUGGAGGAAGAAACUGUCAAAGAAGUUCUUUCUGAAACACCCAUUCCCAAACCCCCCCACCCCUCACCACCAAAAGUCCUAAUCGACGACAAAGUAGCUGACUUUCCUCCAGUCAAAAUUGAAUCAACGGCUGUCGUUAAACCCAGAGAAGAAAUCAAGUUUGAAUCAGCGGUUGUUGUUAAACCCAGAGAUGAAAUGAAGUUUGAAUCGACGGCUGUGAUGAAACCUGAAGUGUCUGAAGAGCCUUCGGAGAUGUGUAGCUUUACUGAAAGCUAUUCCACGACGGCGACGGUGACGGAGAAGAGAGAGGAAGAUGGGGAAGUAACUCAGAGGUCACCGAUUAGAGUACAUAGGAAGAGGCAAAACACUGGAGAUCUCAACGGAGUUAGAGAGAGAAGCUUUCGGUCUCAGACGGGAAGAUCGGCGCCAUCUCCGGAGAAAAGAAGGUCGCCGGCUACGUCAAGGGGAGUACAGGGGAGGGGAAUGCCGCAACAGAGGCGAAAUGUGGGACCCCCAAAUGGGACCCGACGAGCUCCCACCGACAAUGGGGUUCGACGGUCGAAUUCUCCGGCGACACGUGGAACGGUGGAUGCACGUCGGAAUGUGAGAAACAGAAGUCCGGCGGCGCGUGAAACAGAAAAACCUGGUAAUCUAUCGCCGGCGAGAAACGCCGAGAACGAGGUAAGUAGUAGUAAAACUGAAAAAUCCAAAGAAGAAGUUCCGCCGGAAACCGGCGAGUCACUUGAAAAUCCUCUGGUUUCUAUGGAAUGCUUCAUUUUUCUGUAGGCGAAAGGAAGAAGAAAACAAAAACGUCGUCG